AAUAUUGUUUCAACAUCUGUGAUCUUUUAACUGUACAAUAUCUAGUUAUGAAAUUUAAAAUUUUUAUAUAGGUAAAUCACACAUGAUAGGUAAAUAACUUAUAGCUUCUGGAUUUUUUUAUGCUUUCAAAGAUGAUGCAAGAGUUCAUUAUCUGUAUUUAGUCUUUUUAUGAUUUUGUGUUAUGACUUAAAUUUAUAAAUGUAGAUCUGAAUUCUGUACAUAUUUGGAGCUAGUAUGGUUUAAAUCCUGAUUGCAUUUGGGGUAGAUAUGGUUUAAGAUUAACUACUCUUUGCUGUCUUCUGCUUGUGUAGGUAAUUGUUGAGACUACUUAAGGGAUAUUUUCUUCAAUCACUUAAAAUGCCCUAAAGAGUUGUAAAUUUUGAAGAAAAAUAGUUUACUGAAAUAUAAUUUGCAUCCUAUAAAAUACUUUCAAACAAUUUCAAACUAUACUUUUUGAAGUAUUUUGUACUGCAUACACACAUAAAUAUUUGAACUAACUCUGAAAAGUUUUUGCCAUGGACGAGUGCGGCAUAGUUGGUAAAGCCACUGACUGUGAUGCUGGCAUCCCUCAUGAGCACCAGUUCAAGACCCUUUUGCUCUGUCUCCAGUCCAUUUCCCAGCUAAUGCAUCUGUGAAGGCUGCAGUACCUGUCUCAAGGCCCCUGCACCUAUAUGGUAGAUCCAGAAGAAGAUCCUAGCUCCUUUGGCCUGGCCUGGCUCAGGCCAUUGCGGCCGCUUUGGGAGGAAACCAACAGGGUGACCAUCUUAAUUUGGAAUUACUGGGUCACUUGGAACUGCCUGCCAUAAUUUUAUACAAUGGCUGCACCAUUUUGCAUCACUACCAACAGUACAUAAGGCUUCCAGUUUCUCCAAGUCAACAAUAAAACUUAUUUUCUGGAAUUAAAAAUUAAUUCUCAUCCCAGUUAAAAAUCUGUAAGAGCCUGAUUUUAGAAUUCACCAGCUCCUCAGAAGUUUGGCGAACUAUGAGUUACUAAGCCUACGCUCAGAUCAAGUUAGCAGCUAGACUGGUGUGCCAACCUGUUUUUAAUCAGUGACUCAAAGCUGUGAUCACCCUGAUGUCACCGAAUGGCCACAGCUUGUAAAAGAAGACUUAAGAUCACCAGGAGAAGCUCAGUCUGACGACAUUGAAACUAGCCGAAUGAAGCGAGCAGCUGCAAAGCAUCUAAUAGAACGCUACUACCAUCAGUUAACUGAGGGCUGUGGAAAUGAGGCCUGCACGAAUGAGUUUUGUGCUUCCUGUCCAACGUUUCAUCGUAUGGAUAACAAUGCAGCAGCUAUUAAAGCCCUCGAGCUUUAUAAGAUUAAUGCAAAACUCUGUGAUCCUCAUCCCUCCAAGAAAGGAGCAAGCUCGGCUUACCUGGAGAACUCGAAAGGUGCCCCGAACAACUCUGAGAUAAAGAUGAACAAGAAGGAAGGAAAAGGACCUCGGAUUGAUUUUAAAGAUGUGACUUACUUGACUGAAGACCUGGUAUAUGAAAUUCUUGAGUUAUGUAGAGAGAGAGAGGAUUAUUCACCUUUAAUCCGUGUCAUUGGAAGAGUUUUUUCAAAUGCUGAGGCAUUGGUCCAGAGUUUUCGUAAAGUCAAACAACACACAAAGGAAGAACUGAAAUCUCUUCAAGGAAAAGAUGAAGAUAAGGAUGAAGAUGAAAAGGAAAAAGCUGCGUGUUCUGCUGCUGUUGCUGCUGCUGCUGCUAUGGAAGAAGAUUCAGAGGCAUCAUCAUCAAGGAUCAGUGAGAGUUCACAGGGAGACAAUAAUAUACAAAAGUUAGGCCCCGAGGAUGUGUCUGUGGAUAUUGAUGCUAUUAGAAGGGUGUAUACCAGAUUGCUCUCUAAUGAAAAAAUAGAAACUGCCUUUCUCAAUGCACUUGUAUAUUUGUCACCUAACGUAGAAUGUGAUUUGACAUAUCACAAUGUAUACUCCCGAGAUCCUAAUUAUCUGAAUUUGUUUAUUAUUGUAAUGGAGAAUAGAAAUCUCCACAGUCCUGAAUAUCUGGAAAUGGCUUUGCCAUUAUUUUGCAAAGCAAUGAGCAAGCUACCCCUUGCAGCCCAAGGAAAGCUGAUUAGACUUUGGUCUAAAUACAGUGCAGACCAGAUUCGGAGAAUGAUGGAAACAUUUCAACAACUUAUUACUUACAAAGUCAUAAGCAAUGAAUUUAACAGUCGAAAUCUGGUGAACGAUGAUGAUGCCAUUGUUGCUGCUUCCAAGUGCUUGAAAAUGGUUUACUAUGCAAAUGUAGUUGGAGGAGAUGUGGACACAAAUCACAAUGAAGAAGAUGAUGAAGAGCCUAUCCCUGAGUCUAGUGAGUUGACACUUCAGGAACUUUUGGGAGAGGAGAGAAGAAACAAGAAAGGUCCUCGAGUGGACCCACUGGAGACUGAGCUUGGUGUUAAAACUCUGGAUUGUCGAAAGCCACUUAUUCCUUUUGAAGAGUUUAUUAAUGAACCACUGAAUGAUGUUCUAGAAAUGGAUAAGGAUUAUACUUUUUUCAAAGUAGAAACGGAGAACAAAUUCUCUUUUAUGACAUGUCCUUUUAUAUUGAAUGCUGUCACAAAGAAUUUGGGAUUAUAUUAUGACAAUAGAAUUCGCAUGUACAGUGAACGAAGAAUUACUGUUCUCUACAGCUUAGUUCAAGGACAGCAGUUGAAUCCAUAUUUGAGACUCAAAGUCAGACGUGACCAUAUCAUAGAUGAUGCACUUGUCCGGCUAGAGAUGAUCGCUAUGGAAAACCCUGCAGACUUGAAGAAACAGUUGUAUGUGGAAUUUGAAGGGGAACAAGGAGUGGAUGAGGGAGGUGUCUCCAAAGAGUUUUUUCAAUUGGUUGUGGAGGAAAUUUUCAAUCCCGAUAUUGGUAUGUUCACAUAUGAUGAAUCUACAAAACUGUUUUGGUUUAACCCAUCUUCUUUUGAAACUGAGGGUCAGUUUACUCUGAUUGGCAUAGUAUUGGGCCUGGCUAUUUACAAUAACUGUAUACUGGAUGUACAUUUUCCCAUGGUUGUGUACAGGAAGCUAAUGGGGAAAAAAGGAACUUUCCGUGACUUGGGAGACUCUCAUCCAGUUUUAUAUCAGAGUUUAAAAGAUUUGUUGGAAUAUGAAGGAAAUGUGGAAGAUGAUAUGAUGAUCACUUUCCAGAUAUCACAGACAGAUCUUUUUGGCAACCCAAUGAUGUAUGAUCUAAAGGAAAACGGUGACAAAAUUCCAAUUACAAAUGAAAACAGGAAGGAAUUUGUUAAUCUCUAUUCUGACUACAUUCUCAAUAAGUCUGUAGAGAAACAAUUCAAGGCUUUUCGCAGAGGUUUUCAUAUGGUGACCAAUGAAUCUCCCUUAAAGUACUUAUUCAGACCAGAAGAAAUUGAAUUGCUUAUAUGUGGGAGCCGGAAUCUAGAUUUCCAGGCACUAGAAGAAACUACAGAAUAUGAUGGUGGCUAUACCAGGGACUCUGUCCUGAUUAGGGAGUUUUGGGAGAUCGUUCAUUCAUUUACAGAUGAGCAAAAAAGACUCUUCUUGCAGUUUACAACAGGCACAGACAGAGCGCCUGUGGGAGGACUAGGAAAAUUAAAGAUGAUUAUAGCCAAAAACGGCCCAGACACAGAAAGGUUACCUACAUCUCAUACUUGCUUUAAUGUCCUUUUACUUCCGGAAUAUUCAAGCAAAGAAAAGCUUAAAGAGAGAUUGUUGAAGGCCAUCACAUAUGCCAAAGGAUUUGGCAUGCUGUAAAUCAAAACUAAAACAAAACAAGGAAGAAAAAAGAAAAAAAAUUUUAAUAAAUAUAAUAAGAGAGAUAAAUUUGGUUGUGGUAGUGUCCCAGUAUAAAAACGGCUGUAAGAUAGUGAAUCACAGUAGCCACCUCUGUCUGUGCCUCCCUUCUUCAUUUGGGGACAUGUGGGCUGGAACAGCAGAUUUCAGCUACAUAUAUGAACAAAUCCUUUAUUAUUAUUAUAAUUAUUUUUUUGCGUGAAAGUGUUACAUAUUCUUUCACUUGUAUGUACAGAGAGGUUUUUCUGAAUAUUUAUUUUAAGGGUUAAAUCACUUUUGCUUGUGUUUAUUACUGCUUGAGGUCGAGCCUUUUUAAGUAUUUAAAGUAUAUAUACACCAACAAAACUACUCCCCCAAGGAAAACAUUUCCACCAUUUGUAGAACAUGUAACCUUCAAGUACAUACUAUUUUUGUCCCUGUAUCUAACAAAAAUCAGGAACUUUUUUUUUUUUAAGAUUUGCUUUUGAAACUUGAAGUCUUGGAAACAGUGUGAUGCAAUUACUGCUGUUCUAGUCCCCCAAAGAGUUUUCUGUGCAAAAUCUUAAUAAAGAUGGAAGGGAGAACUUGGAAUGUUUUAACUGCAGCCCUCAGAACUUUUACUUUAGUAACAGCACAACAAAUUAAAAACAACUCAUGCCACAGUAUGUUGUCUUCAUGUGUCUUGCAAUGAACUUUCAGUAGUCAAUCUUUAGUAUAUGAAAGGUCAAGGGUUUUUUUUGUUUGUUUUUGUUUGUUUUUUCUGUUGUUGUUGUUGGUUAAGUUUAUUGGGAAAAGUGCAUUUGGCCAAAUGAAAUGAUUGUCAAGCCUAUUGCGAUAGUUAUAAAGUUUAUUAUAAAACAAAUGCAUGUGAAAGUGCACUUAUCCUUUUAUUAAUUAUUGCCUAGAUUUUAAAUAGACAAUCUAAAGUCUCACCUUUAUGUUGUCAUUAUUUUGUUUGAGCAGCUUUUUAGCAAGGCAGAUGACCAGGGUUGUGACAUAGUAGAAAGGGUGGCUGCUGUGCCUUGUAUCACCUGGACAGUAAACAGACCUGGAAAGGAAUGGAGCUUUCACUCCUAACAGUUAUGCUGUUAUCCCCAACAAUUAAAAUUACUUCAGAAAGUUUUAAAAAAGAAGAUCUUUCAAAUGCUAAGGGUGGAAAAAGUCCAAUUAGGCCUAAAUUACUUGCUGUUAAGAAGUAAGUAGUUUUCCCUUUCCUAGUCUUCUGUUUUGGUGAUGUUGAUUUCUUUUUUACAUUAUUUAGUAAAAGGAUUGUGUAUUUUUAACUAAGGAGAGAGGUUAAUAUAUCCUUCUACAAGCUGCAGCUAAUGUGCUGAGCUUGGGCCUUGAUUGUUUUUAACUGAUUACUACAGAUCAGCUUGAUGAUUUGUUUCAAAUUGAUAGGGAAAAUACAGCUGUCGAAUCAUUAAAGGGAAAAAAGGAUGUCUUUCAGGAUUAUUUUAAUUCUUUAAUAAUUGAGAGAGAACUGUCUCGUACUUUAACAAUAAAGCAGUGGCAUUUUCACAACUUAAUGAUUAAGAAGAUUAUGCUUUCCAUAUUGUGAUAAGGUAACAUGGGUUUUUUGGCUUUCUUCUGGGCCAACUGUUAAGAGUAUUGUAAAGGUAUGUACUUUACUUGAUGCAAGGGACCCUCAAAUGACUAUCUUAAAGUCAAAGGCCCUCUCAUCCACUGUGCUUCUUAUGUAAUGUAAGAAGAGGGAAAAUGGAGUAUUAUGGGGAAAUUUUAUAUAAUAAAUUCAUGAAGAAAUUUAUGCUCUUCAGUUCUCAAGUUUUAUCACUACAGUAUUGGAGUUCUACAUUUACAAUAAUAUCUAUGAAGUUGUUAAAUAAUUGAAUAUAGUUGGUUUCAUACCAAUUCUUUUAACAAAAAGACAACUUAUCCUUAAACUUUUAUUAAAUGUAAUUACUGAUUUAAACUAGUUGUUCCUCCCCUUGCUUAGUUAAUAAUUAUCCCAAGAUUUUAUGACUCUCUUAUAACUGCCUUUUCACUUGUGUUUACCAGAAUGUCACUAAAUAUCCUAAGAGGAUAAUAAGAGGAAUUUCACUGUAGUGUAGUAUACUGGCUACUCCCUCUACUCCAGAUACUGCUAUAAACAUGCUUUUUUCCUUAGAUAGUCUGUUACAUAUUACGAUAUUUUUAUUGGCCUACAGUCUGCAGGAAGCCCUUAGGAAUAGAAUGAACCAUAAACUAUCUUUAUAAACAAAAUGUGAAAUUCUUUUGCCUUUUCUUAUUAUAGGAUAAUCCAGAUGUAUAAAAUCACAGCAUGUGGCUAUACUUUCUCUGGAGCCUAGCAACUCCAGGGUCCCUUAAUUUAUAUAUUGCUUUACUGGGCUGUUGUUAAAUGUAUGGUAAAAUCUGAAUACAGUAUCUUUAGCUUUAUUUUGGGAUACAUGCCUUUUUACAGAGAUAUAUAUCAAAAAGAACAUGAAUCUUCAAACAGAUAACCUGUGAUGUUACUCAUCCCUUGCCACAGCUAACAUAUUACAAGAGACAGAAGUACCUGGGUAACGUCACUACUGUUGCCAUAAAAACAUGGCAGUAUGAGAAUUUCCUGCCCCUUUUAAGAAUUAUUCUAAGAAUUCAGAUGAUUUGUCAGAGGCAAAAGUGUCUUCUAAAGGUUACUCUCUCUAUAAUCUUUGUGCCCUGUUUACCUUAAUAUUAUCUUUUCUGGCCUACCAGCCUAAGGAACUUCUGCAACCUAUCCACCCUCUCUGUAUCACCAAAGAAUCACCAGACACAGUUUCCACUUGUGCUCUCUUUUGUCUUACUUCUUUUUAUCAGUGCGUGAAGAAUUUCCUGAAUGGGGGAGAGAGGGUUCCUCCCCUCCUUGUUCAGAUCAGAGGAUUUACGUUUGUUCACAGUUAAACAGAUUUUUAUGUACAAGUGGGAUGGAUUUCACUGCGAAAGGCUGUGCAUUCCAUGCUGUUUCUCUGAAGACCAUCGAUUCCCCAAGCAUACUCACAGCCUCCUCUGUCCUUAACAUCCAAGAAUACCCUGAACGUGGGCUGCUGCUUCUCAAACUGUUCCCCCUUUCUGUACACAUCUUAUGUGGAUCCUCCUCCAAUUCAUUUUUUGUCUGAACUUAUCUCGAUGUUUCUUGCCAUCAGUUGGUCCCAAAGACUCCCACUCCUCUCUUGUCCAGAGUUCUGUCUGUAGUUUGCCCUUCUAUCACCUCAAUGAAAAUGAAGCUUUUAUCUUUCAUCUCUAUUGUGAUUUACUUCUCCUUAAAAAUGUCACUUCCCACAGUCUCUUGUUCUUUGUCACAGAUAUCAGUCCUUUUACCUCAAAUCUCUUCUGUUCCUCCUUUUUCAUACUUUAGAUCAAGGCCUUCCCACAUCUGGAUAUCCUUCAUUGCUUGUUCUUAUAAGGCCUGACUGAUCACCUCUUUACUCUUUCCAUUUUGCUGAAGUAUAGUUUUGCUGCUCUUAAUACCCUGUGCCCUAAGACUCACUUUCCAGUUUGGCAUCCAGUGCCCUGCACUGACAGCCCACCUGCCUUUCCACUUCUCACUUCUGUUCCAAAGCUAUCUUUCCAUGAAUCCCUACUUGUGCUACAUUUGUAUUUAUUAAAUACCCUUCAAAGCCAAAUUAUAAAAGCACUCUGCCAAUGUCUUUUGACCCUCAAAGUGCCUCCAAAACCUCAGAACACCCCACAAAUCCAUAGUACCACAGCACGGUGGGGGUAUAUUUUUGAAUGGUAUGGAGUCACUCAGAUUCUUACUGUUUAGGCUGCUUUUGCUGAGGUCCUUUCCACACUUUAGGUUUGACUAUGAAGUGUUUUUUUAACGUAUAAUUAAUGCUUGGAGUACAUUUAUAGUCAAGAUUUUUUUUGCCUCUCAUUACUAUAAUAGGUGUGUAAAUGAUUUUUUGUUAAAGGUUUGGCUAAACCCCUUGUGCAUAGUCCCUCCUGUACGUACGUACCUUACCAGUAUCACUACGCAGUGGUUGGAAAUAACCCAGCCUAUAUUAAAAUGUUCAGUGAAACUGAUGAUUUUUUACUGAAGUCAGACUCUUAUUUCCCUUCUUCCCAUAGAAAUCCUCUUAUAUUUUGAAGUAUUUGAAUAUUUAGUAAUUCAGGAUUAGCUCCCUGAAUAGGCUUUCCAGAAUUCUUGCCCCUGUCAUUCCAACCUAUGGAAAAAAAGAUUGCCACAAAGGAUGAAAGGGAAUGAGUCCAUAAGAGCAAGAUUUUAGCAUGAUUUCCCCCAUCCUGCCUUCCUGGUGGGCUCUCUGGCAAUACAUCUCUGAUCACCCACCAUCCCUGGUCGUUCUCAAUCCUGUAUUUCCCAAUGGAUGGGGUGGGGGAGGGGUCUGUCAUCUUGUAUUGUUCCCAGCUACUCAUACCUGUCAAGGAGCAAUCCUUAGCCACAAUACUGCAUUCCAUACUAAAUGAAACACCAUGAUGAAUACAUUUUAUGUGAGAGCCACAUGUUGACAUGUUUUCAUACUCCCACCAGAUUCUGAAAGUAUCUAAAUUGCAUUGUGCAUCAAAUACCUUGUAUACAUGAUCUUUCAUUUUUAUGGAAUAAUUGCUACAGCCCAAGAGGUUGUGCAUCUUACCAAAAGUCACAUAGCCGGUAAGUAGGUGGAGCUGAACCAUUGCCCAUAUGAUAGUUUCACAUCGUCAAGAGCUCGAAUCAGGAUUCCUAGACUCAGCCAAACAACACCUACAAUAAUUAUCUUAGCUUUAUCAUCCAGUCCACUGGAAGCAUUAGAGGUUUAUCUGACAAGUGGCACAUGGAAUUUGAGGGUGAAUCCUCCAGAGUCAGUAUCUUUGAAUUUGAGUCCUGGCCCUGCCAUUCCUAUGGCUUAGAUUAUACCCUGUCCUACCUUAUCACUGGUUGUCAGGAUUCAAUGAGAUUAAAAUACAGAUGCUACGUAACAUCUUGCAAGACAUCCUGGAGAGACAGAUGGGUUAUCCCCAUAUUUGCAUGAAGGGAGAAACUAAGAGUUUGUGGAAUUGACACUCUUCAUCCACCUUAAAAUGGAAGAGGAGUGUUUUUUCCUCAUCUUUAAUUAAGAUGUAAUUAGCAUACCAUAAAGAUCAUCCUUUUAAGCGUACAAUUAGUAGUUCCUGGUAGAGUCAAUGGUAUUGUGCAGUCAUUGCUAUGUAAUUUCAGAGCGUUUUCAUCACUGCAAAAGCAACUUGUGUACACAUUUGGAGUGACUGCUUAUCCUUAGACCCUGGUAAACCACUAAUCUACAUUCUGUAUAUGGAUUUACAUGUCUUGGACAUUUCUUAUCAGUGGAAUCACGCAGUUUGUGGCCUUUUGUAUCUUUUUGCCCCCACUUAGAAUAUUACUUUCAGGACCCAUCAUCUUGUAGCAUGUAUUAGUGGUUUAUUUCUUUUUUGUGGCUUAAUGAUGUCUUUGUUUUGAUAAUAACUUUUUUGUUGAUAGAUUCAGUGAUGGAUGCUUGAGUUUCUAUUUUUUUUUUUUUUUUUUGGUUGUUACGAAAACUGCAACUAUGAACAUUUGUGUGUGUUUUAUGUGGACCUAAGUUUUUUCUUUCGGUUAUAUACCUGGAAGUGAAAUGGCUGGAUCAUACUGUGACUUUUUUCUAGCCCUUUGAGGAACUGUCAAACAUUUCCCAAAUGGCUACACUAUUUUGCAUUCCAACCAGCUGUGUGUGAGUGUUCCAACUUCUCCCCAUCCUGGGCAACUCAUUUAUCCAGUUUUGAUUCUUAGUGGGGGUAAAGCAGUAUGUUGUAGUUUUAAUUUGUGUUUCCCUGAGGUCAGUGAUGUAAAGCGUCUUUCAUGUGCUUUUUGGUCAUGUGUAUAUUGUUAGUGAAAUGACUGUUCAGAUCUGUCAGCCAUUUUUUAAAAUGUAGUUUUGGGGCUUUUUUUGAAUAUUUUUAAUUAUACUGAUUUUUUAAAUGACAUUCUGGAUUACAAAUCCAGGUAAAUAAUUUGUAGUAACCUUUUUCCCCAUUCUGUGGGUGGUCUUUUCAUUUUCUUGAUGGAGUCCCUUAAAGCACAAAACAUUUUUUUUUUUUUUUUUUUCAGUUUGACUAAACUGCCUAUUUUCCCUAUUGUUGGUUGGUGCAUUUGUGCCAUUUCUAAGGAACCAAUGCCUAUUCCAAGUCAAAGAUAUGUGUCUGUUUUCUUUUAGGCAUAUAGUACUUUCAGCUUUUAUAUUUUGGUGUUUGAUCCAUUUUUGUAUAUGGUGUGUAUAGGGUCCUACUUCAUUCUUUGUUAUGUGAAUGAAUAUCCACUUGUCUAAGCACCAGCUGUCAAAAAGACAUUUCUCCCAUGAAUAGUCUUGGCAUCCAUGACUACAAGUGAUUUACUGUAAAUAUAUAAAACUAUUUUUGAAAUACCAAUUUUAUUCCAUUGUUCUAUAUGUGUAUCUUAAUCCAGUACUGCAUUGUCUUGAUUAUUGUAGCUUUUAAUGAGAUUUGGGAUGUAUCUUCCAACUUUGUUCUUUUUCAAAAUCAUUUUGUCUAUUCUGGAUCUCUUGCUUUCCAUAUGAUUUUUAGGGUUAGCUUUUCAAUUUCUGUAAAUCAGGCAGCUGGAAUUUUUAUAGUGAUUGCGUUGAAUCUGUAUGCCAAUUUGAGGAAUGUUGGUAUUUUGACAGUAUUAAGUUUUCAAUCCAAGCAACAUGGGAUGUCUUUCCAUUUGUUUUGGUUUUUAGUUUCCUUCAGUGAUACUGUAUGUAUUUCAAUGUACAAAUCCUGACCUCUUUGGUUAAAAAUUUUUUUCUAAUUAUUUUAUUAUUUUUAAUGCUAUUACAGUUGUUUACUAGUUUUCAUUUUUGAAUAAUUGAAAAUGUCUAGAAAUAUAAAUGGUUUUUGUGCAUUGAUCUUGUAUAUUAUAGUUUUUCUCAAGUCAUUUAUCCUAAUAUUUUUUUAUUUGAAUUCCUUAGAUUAUGUAUACAAGAUCGUGUAUCUGUGAAUAGAAAUUAUUUCUUUCCAGUCUGGAUUCUUUUUAUUUUUCUUGCCCAAGUGCCCUGGCUAGCACCUCCAAUACAAUAUUGAAUAGAAGUGGCAAGAGCAGAAAUAUUUUACUUAUUCCUAAUGGUAGCAGGAAAGCAUUCAGUCUUUCACCAUUAAGUAUGAUGUUAGCUGUGGGGUUAUCAUAGAUGCUUCAAGUUGAGGAAAUUCCCAUCUGUUUCUAGUUUGUUGAGUGUUUUAUCAAACAAGGAUAUUGGAUUUUGUCAAAUGCUUCUUCUGUAUCUAUUAAGGCUGUCAUGUAGUUUUGUCCUUUAUUGAUAUGUUGUAUAACGUUGAUGGAUUUUUGUAUAUUGAACGAACCUUGCAUUCCUGGAAUAAUCUCAUUUGUCCAUGCUAUAUAAACCAUUUUCUAUGCUGCUGGAUUUGGUUUGCUAGUAUUUUGUUUAGAAUAUUUGCAUCUAUAUUCAUAAAGGAUAUUGGUCUGUGA